UUUUGCUACCGAAAUGAACAAGUUUGUUGCAAAGAAAGCUGUCCUGCUCCUCGCCCUUCUGAUCCUGGGCACAGCUGGAGCCAAUCCACUGGAUCGGGAACUGGAUCAGGAUAACCAUGUGCGAAAGGAGCGGCAACUCAAACCCGCCGCCUCAACGGAUGCGGAUAUCAAGAUGGUGGCCAAUGUGACUCCAGCGACGGCUUCUCAAGGCAUGACCAUGGCCAUGGGAAUGCCGAUGAACCAGAUGGCUCUGAACUCCGUCGGUGGCCAGUUGGUGAGGUAUCCCAACUAUCCUGGUCUGAUUUAUCCUGGAAUUACACCCCCACCCGGAUUAAAUGGAAUCCCCGGCGUGCAGACCAACAUUGCCAACAACUUUCCUUCGUAUCCGGAUCCCAACUUGGGAGGAUCUCUUCCCGGCUUCAAUCCCUUUGGAUAUCCCGGUGUGCCACCCAUGUAUGGAAACCCAAUCCCGAUGUAUCCCAAUCCCCAGCUGCCCAACGGAUUUGUGCCCAAUCCUGCGGUGGACAACUUCCAGUCGCUGAACAACAUAGUUAACAUGGCCAAUGUACAGGGAGUGAAUGGUGGCAGCUCCGGACUUUAUCCAGCACCUCAGGGAUAUCCAGUGCCCGCUCCGGGAUUAUAUCCAUCCCCCCAGGGAUUCGGUGGACCCAACUCGGGACUGUAUCCUGCUUCUCAAGUCAACAUGCAGGGAUUGUAUCCACCACCCGGUGGUUUUCUGGAGCGCAUGACCAUGCAAACCUAUGCACCCAACUUCUGAAUGGGU